CAACCAGCUCUCAGCUGCUCUACUCUUCAUCGCAGAGUCACCUCGUCCAUCUCCUCCUCCUCCUCCUCUGACUCCGACUCUGCAGCAUGGCGGCUCUGUGGCUCCAGUCUGUCUCUCUGCUGAUCUUACUGAUCGUAUCAUGGCCGAGCACACAGGCCGUCGCGCCCCCACAGCACCUGUGUGGCUCUCACCUGGUCGACGCCCUCUACCUGGUCUGUGGGGACAGAGGCUUCUUUUACAACCCCAAGAGAGACGUGGACCCUCUGCUGGGUUUCCUCCCUUCGAAGGCGGGCGGAGCUGCGGCGACAGGUGGCGAGAACGAGGUGGCCGAGUACGCCUUCAAGGACCAGAUGGAGAUGAUGGUGAAGCGAGGCAUCGUGGAGCAGUGCUGCCACCGACCCUGCAACAUCUUCGACCUGCAGAACUACUGCAACUGAACAGUGCUUAGCCUGGCUUUGGUUAGCCUUGCUUAGCAUAGCAUAGCUUUGCUUCUUGGCUAACUUAGCCUGAACCCCGCCACCCCCCACCCUACCAUCAGAGGAGCGGCAAUGACAUCGUCUCUCUGAUAAACCAACUGCUGUCAAAUGAAGUGCUGAGAAAUGGAUGAAAUUAUUUUUCCUAGAAAAUAAAGUCUUGUGAAUUGA